UUGCAAACCACAUCACCGAAGAAAAGAAAGGCGAAGCAAAUUCCAAUUCAGGGAAAAAAUAACUGAAAGCGACAAAACUCUGAUCGAAUAGGGAAAUUUCGAUCUCUAUAUCGAUUGAUUCUGUAAUAAUUCUUACUUUCGAGGACUUGUGUUUCGGUACUUUCAGCUUUCCCCCGGUUUCUUUGAUUUUGUUUCCUCCUCCGACGAGAUGGCAUGGGGAAACAUAUACAGAAGAAGAAUGAAAGUCUUCACCCUGACUUUAGUGAUAUACCUGGAUUAUAAGGCAUUAGAACAAAGAGAGAAGUGGACUAGCAAGUCUAAAAGAUCAGCUCUAUGGGAAAAGGCACAUGAACGUAAUGCGAAGCGUGCUUUGAGUUUGAUUAUAGAGUUGGAAGGUUUGUGGGUGAAAUUUGGACAGUAUUUAUCUACUCGAGCAGAUGUUGUUCCCGAGGCAUACAUACGGCUCCUCAAACAGUUACAAGACUCUCUCCCUCCUCGUCCUUUCCAAGAGGUUCUCCAAACUAUACAAAAAGAGUUGGGGAAAUCAAUCACCGAUAUAUUUGCAAACUUUGUUGAAACGCCCUUAGCAACUGCUUCUAUAGCCCAAGUGCACCGAGCAACUCUGCUUGACGGAAGGGAGGUGGUUAUCAAAGUGCAACAUGAGGGCAUAAAGACAGUUAUAUUGGAGGACUUGAAGAAUGCAAAGGCGAUUGUUGAUUGGAUAGCCUGGGCAGAGCCGCAGUAUAACUUUAAUCCUAUGAUAGAUGAAUGGUGCCGAGAAGCUCCAAAAGAACUUGAUUUCAAUCUUGAAGCUGAGAACACCAGGACAGUAUCUAGAAAUCUUGGCUGCAAAAAUGGAUCGGACAACAAUAGAAGCACUGGGUCUGUGAAUGUUUCUAUUCCAGAAGUUGUUCAGUCAACAGAGAAAGUUCUAAUUUUAGAGUAUAUGGACGGUAUUCGUUUAAAUGACUCUGCUAGUCUGGAAGCUUGUGGUAUAGACAAACAAAAAAUUGUUGAAGAAAUCACACGAGCAUAUGCACACCAAAUUUAUGUUGAUGGAUUUUUCAAUGGCGACCCUCAUCCUGGGAAUUUUCUCAUCAGUAAGGAGCCUCCUCAUUGUCCGAUUUUGCUUGACUUUGGGCUUACAAAGAAACUACCAAACAACAUGAAACUAGCACUGGCAAAGAUGUUUUUGGCAGCUGCCGAGGGUGACCAUGUUGCUCUUCUAUCUUCCUUUGCUGAAAUGGGACUUAAGUUGCGUCUUGAUAUUCCAGAGCAAGCAAUGGAGGUGACAAAUGUAUUCUUUCGAGCUACAACUGCUGCAAAAGAAUCGCAUGAAACCUUGAAAGCUAUGACGGAGCAAAGAUCAAAGAACCUGAAGCAAAUACAAGAAAGAAUGAAAAUGAAUCAAAAGGAGGCUAAACGUUUCAAUCCUGUUGAUGCAUUUCCUGGUGAUAUUAUAAUAUUUGCACGGGUCCUUAAUCUUCUUAGAGGUCUUUCUUCCUUGAUGGAUGUUCGCAUAGUAUAUCUAGAUAUCAUGAGACCAUUUGCUGAAUAUGUUCUGCAAGGGAACAUUAGCAAGGAGCCAAACGUAAAUGAUCAAUGGAUCUGGAAAACACCUGUCCGUUCUGAUGUGGAAGCUAAGCUGAGACAACUUUUGAUCAAGCUGGGGAAUGAUAAUAAAAUACUUGGAAUUCAGGUAUGUGCCUACAAAGAUGGAGAGGUCAUUAUUGAUACUGCUGCCGGAGUUCUUGGUAGAUAUGAUCCUCGUCCAGUUCAACCUGAUAGUCUUUUUCCAGUGUUUUCUGUGACAAAGGGCAUCACAGCUGGAAUGUUGCAUUGGCUAGUUGAUAAUGGGAAACUGAAGCUCGAUGAAAAUGUUGCUAAUAUUUGGCCAGAAUUUGGAUCAAAUGGUAAAGAUAUAAUAAAGAUCUAUCAUGUGCUUAACCAUACUUCAGGUCUGCAUAAUGCCACGGUAGAUGCUAGGGAAAAUCCUUUGCUAAUUUGUGAUUGGGAGGAAUGUUUGAAUUGCAUGGCAAUGUCAAUUCCAGAGACUGAACCUGGCCAGGAGCAGUUGUAUCACUAUCUAUCUUUUGGCUGGCUAUGCGGUGGAAUCAUAGAGCACGCUGCGGGGAAGAAAUUCCAAGAGAUUCUUGAAGAAGCAUUAGUUUACCCACUCCACGUAGAAGGCGAGCUAUACAUCGGAAUCCCUCCCGGAGUUGAAUCUCGUCUUGCAACACUAACACCAGAUCACGAAGAUCUUCAAAAGCUCGCUGGGAUCAAUCGUCCUGAACUGCCCUCCACCUUCCAGCCAGCCAUGAUUGCCCAGCUUGCCACUACCUUGACCCCUCUAUUUAAUAUGCUCAAUACUCGACGUGCCAUUAUACCAGCUGCUAAUGGACAUUGCUCGGCCCGUGCACUGGCACGUUAUUAUGCAGCCUUGGCCGAUGGCGGUGUGAUACCUCCACCACAUUCCUCAUCAUCCCAACCAGCUCUCGGAAGCCACCCUCACAUCCCUAAAUUUUCCUCCGAGAACGUCACUAAGAAGCAGAAAGCUGCCAGAAGUAAGGACGUGCAUGAAAAGAAUUCGAGUUCUUCCGACGAGACUAAUAGUAUGUGCAGGAGUCCCAGCAAUACUGGUUACACCAGGCUCCUUAAUAAUAGCAGCAGCAGCUGUAGCAAUAGCAAUGAUGCCUGCACAAGAGAUGGCUUAAGGCAUGGAGAUGCUGGAAAAAGUUUUGUAGGCAAGAUGUACAAAGACCCAAGAAUUCAUGAUGCCUUUUUGGGUAUAGGAAAAUAUGAGAAUUUUACCAUUCCAAAUGGGAAGUUUGGAUUAGGGUUCUCAAGGUUGAGAUCAGAGGAAGGUUCUUUUAUUGGGUUUGGCCAUUCAGGAAUGGGUGGAUCCACAGGUUUCUGCAAUAUGGAUCACAGGUUUGCCAUAUCUGUGACCCUGAACAAAAUGUCUCUUGGGGGCACGACUCGCAGCAUAGUUCAGCUUGUUUGUUCCGAGUUGAAUAUCCCAUUACCAGCAGAAUUUUCGACGCUCGGGAUCUCUGAUGGACAGCAUAGUAGAGUGGAGACUCCUCUGUUUAACUGAGGACGAAAGAACAAAAUUUCCCAUAGUCAUACAAUACACAAUUCAUAAUCUUUGAUAUAUGUAACGGUUCCUUUUGCUCAGAGGAAUCUGCAAGUUCUUAUAGCAAACUCUUUCAAUAUCAAACAAUUAUAUAUGAUAAAUUCAGUGUAAUAAUAAUCAUUAUAGUGAAUAUGAUUUGGAUGAAAUUCUGGAAUUCUA